AUGGAAUCACCUUCGUCUGAUUUUAUACAGCAGAGAAUUAACCAGAAUGCAGGGAUAAAUGUUCUUUGUGAGUCAUCCUUAGAGAGCUUUCUUUUGCCAGACAAUGAGAGCGAGUCUAUUCAGUGGAAGCUAUUGGAUAUAUGUGGUCAUUCGCUCCCAGACAGAUCAUAUGCCAUGGAGCUAAUCAAUACAGUUUAUAACAUCUACUGUAUCGAAUAUUAUCUUAUAGACAUGAAUGAGUUACUACCUCUUGUGGAUGAAAUUUAUGAUAUUUUUGAUUAUAAUGGCCGAGACUCCCUGUCUAUACGAUACCAUGAUCUUUCUAAAAGGGUUAAUCACAAGUCAUUGUGCUAUUUUUUUAUCAUAUUGGCAUUUGGAGAACAGUUACAAAAUAGGCUACCUGUAUCGAAAAACCGACGUCAGCUUGAGGUGGAGCGAUUGAUACCUGGAAUUGAAUAUUACAUUCUAGCUUCUCAACUAUUCCACUUGACAAGAGAAGAGCUUGAUUAUGAAUUCAUCCAAAGUGCUAUACUCUUGGCAUUUUAUUCUGCCAAUUUGAAUCGAUAUAACACUGUUUAUAAUUAUAUUGGCGUUGCUAUAAGAUCCGUGUUGGCCAAAGGAUAUCAUAGGCAACGGUUAGGUAAUACCAUGAUGAGCGAAGAGGAAGUAGUGGGAAUCAAAAAAGACAUCGAAAAGCUGAAGAGACUCUUUUGGACGGUCUUUGUUAUUGAAACAGCAUGGGGAGUCAACAGAAUGAGUUUACCUGUUCACAUAAAUUAUGUUGAUACUGAUGUAGAUCUUCCCAAUGAAAAUGCAUAUGACCUAGGGGAUCCAUUUAACAGCGAAAUGUUAGAGGUGAAUGUUCAUCUUGCAAAAUAUGUUUCUAAAUAUCUUCGUUUGAUUUAUGGCCCUCAUAUCAGAACUUUUUCAAUAAACUAUAUCAAUACAGAUCAGUUCAACAAGAAGCUUCUAAUUAAAAACAUCGUGGAAUGUUUACAUAACCUCAUUAAUGACUUUGAACAACCUUUUUUAACUCGUUAUAACAGCAAGAAUUUUAUACAAACAGAUGGCAGGGCAUUGGCAAAUUUGUUUGUUCGAUAUCAUCAACUAAUAAUAUCAAUCACAAAACCAUUGUUGACGGUUGUAUUUAACAAAAAUUCUUUAUCACUUAUAGAGAACCCACAGGUUGUCCACGCUGCCAUAUCCAAAGGCAUAUCUGCUGCAUGUUGGACGGUCGAAAUUUUACUGAAGUUGCAUGAGUGUGGUAAAUUAUUUAUUAUGGGGUUUUGGGAUAGUCAGCACCUUUUUAGUGCUUUAAUUAUGAUCAUACUUUCCUCUCUCUCUGGUAAUCGGUACAGUCCUUUAGAUAGAGGUGUUGCUUUACUAAAAUAUAUGGCUGAUCAAAAUAAUGUCAAUGCUCAAAAUGGAAUGAAAAAAUUGAAACAGAUAAACGAGUUUUUAAAGACGACUCCUGACGUAGAUCUUGUGUUGGACUUGGAUUCAAAGAUCGAACAUUUUGUUCAAGCUGAUCCCCGAGAUUAUGGAAAAAGUAAGAAUAUUCAUACUAGGAUGUCAAGUGCUAUAUUUAUGACAGACCAACGUAAGAACAAGUCAUCUCAAAGCUCACAUAGGAAUCCGAUGAGAGCGACCGAACCUUUGUUAAUCAACAUUGACCCAGAACCUAAAUUGUUCACCAAUGACGGCAUUGAAAAAUUCAGCGAUUACUCUCAGGAUCUUUUGGACUCUAUGAUAAAUACUAUCCAAAGCUGGGACAAUGCUGUAGUUUCUAAAAGUUAA